AUUUAAAUUAUUUUAUUAUGGCAGAAGUUGAGCAAUUAUCAGAAGAACUCACAACCUUAAAAAGAGUCGUAUAGACAUCAUUACAUAGAGGAUUAUUAGCAAAGGGUGUCCACGAAGUAUGCAAAGCCAUUGAAAGCAAGCAAGUAUAAUUUAUCAAUACUUUUCUUAAUAGGCAAAAUUCGUGGUCUUAGCUGAUGAUUGCACAGAAGACACUUACAAGAAAUUGAUUGUUGCUUUGGCUAAAUAAUUCUAAAUACCUGUCUGGAGAGUGGAAAAAGGAGCUUUGUUGGGAGAAUGGAUCGGCAUUUCUAAAUUCCUUACCAAAACCAAAAAGAUCAAAUCAAGAAAAUGUUCUUCUGUUGCACUUAAAGAUUUUGCAAUUGAAGUUAGUGAAAAUGAAAAAUUAUUUGUCGAAAAUAAAAUUAAGGGAUUGUGAAGUUAUUUUAACAUAUCGUACAUUUAAAUACAAUAUUG